UGUUGUGCUAAAGUUCACCAUAUAAAUUCACCUUUCUCAAAAAAACACUGCCCUAUUACUCAUAGUUCCCCACCACCUCUAGUUCAGAUACAUACAGCUGCCAGAGAAUCAUGAAGCUGAAGAUCCCAAACCCGGGCCUUGAGGAUCGGAUCCUGAGCCAUGAUCAGCUGGAAAAGCUGGAGAUCGAGGAGGCAGGGGAAAGGCCUAAAUGGGAUAACAAAGCUCAAUAUAUGCUGACAUGUGUAGGCUUCUGCGUGGGACUCGGUAAUGUCUGGCGCUUCCCCUAUUUGUGUCAGAGCCAUGGUGGAGGAGCCUUUAUGAUUCCUUUCCUGAUCUUACUGGUGUUCGAGGGAGUUCCUCUUCUUCACCUGGAAUUUGCUAUUGGACAGCGCCUGAGGAAAGGCAGUGUUGGGGUCUGGAGGACCAUUAGUCCUUACAUGACAGGAGUAGGAAUUGCAUCCAUGUGUGUGUCCCUAUUGGUCAGCCUCUAUUACAACACUAUAAUCGCCUGGGUCAUGUGGUACUUCUUUAACUCGUUCCAGGACCCACUACCUUGGAGCCAGUGCCCCAUAAAUGCAAACAGAACAGGUUUUGAGCCAGAAUGUGAGAGGAGCUCUCCUGUGGAUUAUUUCUGGUACAGGAAGACCCUGGACACAACUACAAGCAUUGACCAAUCAGGAGGGCUGCACUGGUGGAUGGUGCUUUGUCUAAUCUCAGCCUGGGCCGUACUUUAUGUCUGCGUUGUCCGUGGAAUAGAAACCACCGGCAAGGCAGUGUAUGUGACCUCUACGUUACCCUACGUGGUUCUCACCAUUUUUCUAAUCAGAGGACUGACUCUAAAAGGCUCCGUUGAGGGAAUAAUAUUUCUUUUUACACCAGAUCUCAAUGAAUUAGCAAACCCAUCGACCUGGCUGGAUGCAGGUGCUCAAGUGUUUUAUUCCUUCUCACUGGCCUUUGGUGGCCUCAUCUCCUUCUCCAGCUACAACUCAGUACACAACAACUGUGAGCAAGAUGCUGUGAUCAUCUCCACCAUCAAUGCCUUUACAUCAAUCUUUGCUGCCACUGUAAUCUACACUAUCAUUGGAUUCAGAGCCACAGAGAGAUAUGAUGACUGUCUGGCAACAAAUAUUAUGACUUUGCUAAACACCUUUAACCUGCCAGAAGCAAACAUCAAUGAAAGUAACUACGAGCAAGUUUUUACAGAGCUUAAUGCCACAUAUCCCAAUAUCAUUCAGGGUUUAAAUCUUCAGACCUGCGACCUAAACACAUUCCUGAGUGAGGGUGUAGAGGGUACAGGUCUGGCCUUCAUUGUCUUUACUGAGGCCAUCACCAAGAUGCCCUUGUCUCCACUGUGGUCCGUCCUUUUUUUUGUUAUGCUCUUCUGCCUCGGCCUGUCUUCCAUGUUUGGAAACAUUGAAGGAGUCCUGGUACCUUUGCAGGAUUUAAACGUCUUCCCCAAACAUUGGCCUAAGGAAGUGAUCUCAGGAGUGACCUGUCUGGUGUGCUUUUUAAUUGCAUUAAUAUUUGUCCAAGGGUCAGGGAAUUACUGGUUGGCACUCUUUGACAAUUUUGCUGGUUCAAUUCCUCUUCUCAUUAUUGCCUUCUGUGAAAUGGUUGGAGUGGUGUAUAUUUAUGGAAUAGAUAGGUUCAAUGAAGACCUUAUGUUCAUGAUUGGCCACAAGCCUAAUAUCUUCUGGCAGGCCACGUGGAGAUUUAUCAGCCCUCUCAUCAUGCUGUUCAUUUUUCUCUUCUACUUUGUUACCACCAUCUCCAAGGAGUUCUUUUACCUUUCCUGGGACCCUGACUCGCCGAAAUUUCCCACUUUGGAACAGAAGCCUUACCCGUCCUGGAUCUAUGUAAUAAUUUUUAUAUUAGCUGGGAUUCCUAGUCUUGCUGUUCCCGGUGCUGCCAUUUUUAGGGCCAUACGGAAACGUUGCUGUAACAAGGAUGUUGAUGUCUAAAUUAAGAGCACAAUUUGUAAUUCAAGUCCCAUAAAUAUAUCUUUUUUGGUCAUUGGUAAUUUGAUCAUUGGUACUACUUCUUUUAUGUCACCAUUGUAAAGGAUUUUUUGUUCUACAAUUCUGACUAUAAUAAUAGACCAUUGUGAGAAACACACCCUCUGCUGGUUUCAUGAAAUUAUAUUUACUUUUAAUACUCCUGUAUCAGUACAGUGCAUCAGAAAUGUUGUCAAAUUGUGCUUGUGAUAUUCAAAUGAAAGCCUUUUCAAUUAAUUUUUUAGGUGUCGUAUAUACUAGAGAACCUUAUUUAUUUUGUACCUUUUGAACAUUUUCACUGUAAUAUAUUUGCAUUAUAAGACUGACUUUGCUAAUGUACAUGUUAAGUCAAUAUAUGUAAUUAAUUCAUAUUUGUUCCAAACACUUUACACAUUUUGGUAUUGUGUUGUCCUUUUUUCUUAAAAUAAGCAGCAUUUUACUAAAAUAAACAUCAUUAAACUAAA